AUUCUUCCAAUCAGUCUUCAGUGUUACCUGUGGGCUCGAAUCAAGGAGCGCCAAUCAUCCAAUUGGAGCCGAGAAGGAGUACCUGGGAGACAGGGAGGGGUUGGGCAAGUGAGUCAAGGAGGAAGCGCAAGGGGAUAGGAAGAGAUGGGUUUUUCCACAUGCAAGAAGCGGCUAUAGUUUCAGUUUGAAGCGACUGUUCGCAACAGGUUAACAUUUAAGAGUUCUAGGCCCAGACUUCUCCUCAAGCAGAGUUCCUCAGGAAAGAUUUGGUGACUUGUGAAAAUCUUCCCUCAGAUGUCUGGGACAGCAAGGCAUGACCGGGAGAUGGCAACCCAGGCCAAGAAAAGGCUUGCUACAGCCACGGACCCCAUGGAAAGACUUCGGCUCCAGUGCUUAGCCAGGGGGUCAGCUGGCAUCAAGGGUCUCGGCAGAGUAUUUCGAAUCAUGGAUGAUGAUAACAGCCAAACCAUUGACUUCAAAGAAUUCAUGAAAGGGUUAAAUGAUUAUGCUGUUGUGUUGGAAAAAGAAGAAGCACAAGAGCUCUUCAAUCGAUUUGAUAAAAAUAGAAAUGGGAAAAUAGAUUUUAAUGAAUUUCUUCUCACAUUAAGGCCUCCCAUGUCCAGAGCCAGGAAGGAAGUCAUCAUGCAGGCUUUUCGGAAGUUAGACAAGACAGGCGAUGGUAUCAUAACAAUUGAGGAUUUACGUGGAUUGUACAAUGUAAAACACCAUCCAAAGUACCAGAAUGGAGAAUGGACAGAAGAACAAGUUUUCAGAAAAUUUCUGGAUAACUUUGAUUCACCCUAUGACAAAGAUGGAUUGUUAUGUUGGAUUUCUUGGAGAAUCUGUUCUGUGGAUUAUUCAGAUCCAUUUUUGUGUCCUUCCUAUUUUAGGUGUUUCUCUCUCUUAUCUCUUUUCCUCUCCUUCCUUUUUUUUUCCUUAACACUACUAUUAGAAAGAAACAUGUGCAGUUCUUCUAACCAUAUUUCCCAUUUAUCAUGCUGCAUAAGAAAAAUCAAAUAAAAAAGAAAUAGAAAGAAAUAAAGAUGACAUUCCAAGCAACUCGUAUUACUUAGUAGCUGUAGAGAUUUAAAACAUCACAAAAAUGAAGUAGAAGAGCAAGUUGAAGUUAUGGAUUAUAGAGAAUUUUAAAAAUUCCUCUGUGAAUUUCAAGUGUCCCUACUUGUUGGAAUCUUUACAAACUGUUAAGUCAUUAGAGUUAAUAGAGACAAUAAUUUUCUAAUUUAGCAUGGUUCAGUAUCACUGAUCUGAUCUUACAAGGAGAUGUUAUGGGCCAGAACCUGAAACAAGGUACUAAGUAGAACUAAUUAAUACAAUGCUUGUGUUCACACCAGUACUCAUUGGAGUUCACAAGUAUGGGAGAUUCACAAAACAAACUUUGUAAUUUUGUGAAUUCACACCUCCAGAAGGAGGAGUCAACUUUGGGAGAUGAUAUAUAAGAAGCUGACUCAUUCGGGAGUUCAGCUGAAUUUAGAUUGAGAGGGGAGUGUCAAGUGAGUUCAGCCAGAAGCCCUCUCUGAGUGAGGAGUUUUACUUCGGAACAUUGACUGGGGUCAGAGAGGAACACUCUGGGAGAUUGAGAGGCAGAAGCCCUCUCGCAGAGGCAAGACAGAUUCAGUUUUGUGCUGGCUGGAGGCUGAAGGACAAACCUUUGGAUUUGGAGACAUUCGGAGGGAGCUCUUGGAACCAAGCAGAGAGAUAGGCCUCUAAGCUAAUCCGGCUAUAUUGGAGGCAAUAAAAAAUCUAAACUUUUAUCACCUGGCUGCGUUUUGGGUGAUUAUUACUUUCAACUGCAAUUAAGGCUGCCUACAAAAAACCUCCCCGAGAAACCUGCUCUCUCCUAGAGAGA